UAAGUACAAAUGUAGAACACAAACAUAUAGAGGCACCGUUGGCAUCGUUUCCAGCCUUGAAUCUAUGUGAUUAAAUCUUCUCAUGUGCUUCUUUGCACAAGUCCUCAUGCUGAGGUUACAUGGUGAGCAUAACUGAACAGCAGUUUUCAAGUUCUAAAACAAAUGGCGUCUGAUUGUGAUUCGGCCAUUUGAGUGUUGUGCUUUUCAAGACAGUUCUGUGCAGCUUCAGAUCUGUGGGUUGUUGUUUUUCUGCUUGGAAAAACAACCUUCUCCCAUCAUGACAGCAGGUUUUCCUCCAGGAUUCCUCUGUAUUCUGCUGCAUUUAUUUUACCCUCAACCAUUGCUACAACAUGAUGCCACCAACAUCAAUCACCAGCAUAGAAUUGAGUUUGUUGGUCAAAAAGCUUGAUUUUAGCAUCAUCCCACCAUGGAGCCUUGUUUUGCCUGUGGGCAAAUGCAAUUUUUCAACAGUGGCUUUCUCUUUGCCAGUUGGCCGUAAAGCUAGAAAUGCAGAGCACCCAGGCAUCAGCUACUGUCGGGUCAAAGUCUCCCAUCCCAGUAAGGGAACAUGUACCGUCUUCAGUGUCCACAGACCUCAUUGCGACCUUAUGGCCUCUUCACACAUAACCUUUAGUUUUUGGGGAUGACCUGCUAUAGACAGGAUACCAGUAAAAUGUGAAGGCACUUGAUUACAGAGUACACAUCUGUUUCUUCUCAAUAACCUUGUUGGAGAUUAGUUUGUUGUUUCCAUAGUGUAGUUUAUGCCAGCUGUACAGCUCUGCAGAUACAGGUGUGUUUAACUAAAAAUCACAUCUUAGAUUACACACUUGAUCACCGUUCUACCCGUCGUUCAACUUCUAAAAAGCAGCUGGCUGCACACAGUGAAGCAAAAUCAUUUAAAUCCAGUGACAUUUUUUUGUGAUUAUCAGUGUCCAAAAAGCUUAUUAACAAUGAUUUUGUGUUGAAUGACAUGACAUGGACCAUGGGGGGUGCAUACUUUCUUAUAAUCAAAGUACAAAACUUUAGGAGAGUACUCCUGAAGAGAGGGUAAAGAUGGUGUCAAGAAAGAGGACACCAAAAGCUCUCACCCACUGAAAAAUGCACAAAAGCUAUCCUUCCAUGAACUGAUGGAUUGUAAUUGCUGCUUUUAGGUUAAAUGUUGAUGAUUGACUGUGUUAACAAUGCAAAAAGGCUUGCAUCUCACAUAGACUGGUAGUAGUGGGCAAGCAGACUGCAGAGGCCUUGAAGCAGAGGCCUCUUUAUGACCAGAGUUUAGCCUCGCAAGAGCCCCCCUUGGCUGGGGGUCCGGACCACACAGGAUCCUGGGUGGACGCCGUGGAUCUCACCUGCCUUCAUGCAUACUGUAGGUGUUUGCAGUGAGCAGAUAUACAGUACAAGAUAUGUACAAAAACAUUUAGUGUGUGUGCACUACCACUGACGUUAGAAAGCUUUUGUACACACCUACUUAUUGAAACAUUAUUGGGCAUCACAAGCCAGCCACUCACUGCCAUGUUGUGUCUUAUCAUUCCAGUCCUAUACAUGUAUUAUAAUACUGCCACCAUGAGGAUGUCCUGAGUAGCUGCAGACCAGUAGCAGGAUUCUAAUGGUUUAUGCACUCUUCUGGGAACUCGUCAUAAUGUCUUCUGGGAACUCGUCAUAAUGGGCUGAUAUCAGUGCUGAGACAAUGAUGAAAAAAACCUAAUAGAAAUGCUCCUGCCACUCACUAGCCUGCCUUCAUGGGCUUUUAUCAUUAUAAGAUACAGUUAUUAUUUACUAUCCGAAUGUUACAGUAAUGCACAGGCUUGCAAUAGGUGGAGAAAGUCCCACCAGCACUAAUCAACAUGAAUACAUUUGGCACAGAAUAGUGUCGCCAAUAUUCUGUAUUUAAUUUAAAUGUCAUUGGCAAGUCUUAUAUGCUUGUUUUCAUCAAGUUGUUACUUGAUUUAAAGAUGCUGGGGCAUACAAUGUUCCUACACCAAUUACACCAACUGUUUAGAGGAUUAUAGAGUUUGUGUAAGAAUAGUUUGACAGUGUAAGAAAUGUAUAAAGGAUAGGCAGUGGUACUGUACAGUAUGGAGUGCUAAAUGCAAGCUGUAAUGAUAGAGAACUUUUGAUAUGAGCAUCGUCAGCCCAUAGAUAUGUCGUAAAAAUGGAUAGAUGUAGAGUAGCGAGGGUCUGUGGAUUGUUGUUUGGCAAGAGUACUUUGUCCAUUGAAAAUGUGUUGCGGGCUCUGUGGGUGUUUGUUGCAUUUCAUUUGCUUUGGAUUGAGAAUGACUAUGAAUUUUACAUAGCUUUUGAUAAUGAAAUAAUGCACAAAUAUUGAGUGUACAGUUUUUGCUUAUUUUACAGUCAUGUCCAGUUACAUUUAAGUACAGUUAUUUUUUACCAGAAAGGAAAAAGCAAGGAAUGCAGAGUUGUAUUUUUGUAUGUAGUAGUUCUUUCAGAACAGUAACAUAUUUUUAACACUGGUUUACGUUUUCUUAACAGGUAGUGCUGCUAGCACACAUACAGACACACACACAGACACACUCUUGACUUUCUCAGGUUCUUGUUUUGGUCGUCCGAACCUUUCGGGCACAGUUUGCACAUCUCUGGGCUACUAACUGACCACAUCACAACUCCUUCAGGUUUUCUUUCGAGCUGUUCCGGGAUCAUGUCAUUGAUCAUAGUCUACUGUCAUUCCUAUUUAUCAAAUAUAUGUUACUGUAGUCAUUACUGUCGGAAGAUAACUGCCUGUAUCAACUGUUCCCCCCCCCCCCAGCAACUUGUAAUUGCUAGAUGGCAAACACAAUGUAGAUUCAUGUAUAAUUGUCUGCUUGACUAAGCUCUGUGUGAGAUAUGUUCUAUUUGAUAACGACUCACAUCUGGUGUCAGUGGUGCGUACAAUGCACAAUGCAUUAUUGAAACUGUUAAUUCAUUUCAAUCUCAGAACACAAAACUGAAGUCAACUGUUGAGCUUUUACAACUUUUAACUGUUUUGAAACCAAUGUAGCUUCAUCCAUGGUAUAACUCCAAUUACACAUUAUGUUCCUGUGUCACAUUUGUUAUAAGCAUACGGAAAUGGCGAACGGGAACCACACAAUCAUGGCAUUAUACUUAUGUAUGAAUGCAGGCAUUGGUGUCUUAUUAUUGUGUUGCACCAGUUGAAUAAAAAGCAGCUUUUUGUGAAUUUUAUUUUGGACUCAUUUGUAAGCGUGAUUGACAUAAUAAUGAAUCGUUCUAGCGAAUGUGUAGGUAUUCAUUCUUGGAAUGAGGGAAAAUUAGAGGCAAUGCAACUGCUGUUGUAAUUUGUUAUCGUGUUAGUUACUUGCAUUCUGCCACACAGUCUUCUGCAACAAUAUACUUAUAUUUCACAUCGGCACAAGAACAUAUAUAGUCUGUUUCACAAUAACUGCCAAUUUAAAAACUAGAAGAUAUACUGUGAAGGAGCAUGUACAUAUAUUGAUAGCUAUAUACAUAUUAUACAUAUUUUGAUAAAACGCCAGACCAGUAGGUGGCGGUAUUUCACCAUUUCGUUGUUUGGUAAAAACAAAAACCUCAAUAAGAAAAAGAGUCGUCAGCUUCCAUUAACAAAGUCUGAUGUGGCUAGCUCAAUGCUAGCAAGGUAGCACUAAUGGUUGCCCUCUUCCUUGGAUAUUGUCCCCAUUACUAACUCGACAUGGGAAAGAGAGACAAUCGAGUGGCUUACAUUAACCCCAUUGCUGCUGCACGAGCCAGGGGGCCGGCAAAUAACGCCGGACCAACUAUACAAGAUUACUUAAGCAGACCUCGACCAACAUGGGAAGAGUUGAAGGAGCAGCUGGAGAAGAAGAAGAAGGGCUCUCGAGCCUUGGCUGACUUUGAGGACAAAAUGAACAUGAAAUGGAAGAAGGAGCUGGCAAAAAAUAGAGAGAAGUUGUUGGCUGGAAUUGACAAAGAGAAAGACAAGAAGACAACGGACAAGGAAAAAGAGGAGAAGAAAGAGAAAAAGGAGAAAAAGAAGAAAGAGAAGAAGAAAUCAAACAGGCAUUCUCCAUCUUCCUCCUCCUCAUCGAGUUCUGAUUCCCCUAGCAGCUUCUCCACAGAAUCUGAAGACGCGGAUGAAAAGAAGAGUGUGAAAAAAAAGCGGAAGAGAAAGAAGUCAUCGACGAGAGCGUCGGACAGCUCAGAGGGAGAAUCUGAUGCUGAAAGCAAGAAAAAGAAAAGAAUAAAGCAAGAAGGGGACAAAGAUAAGGAUGACAAGAGCCGUAAACGAAAAAGGAAGGCUGAGCGAAGUUAUAGAGACUCCUCCUCAGAGUCCGCUGCAGAAUCCGAGGGGGAAGAGGUAGCUGACGCCAAGAAGAAAAAGAGAAGUAGCGAGGAAAAGGAGAAAAUAACAGUGAGAAAUCUACUUAUUUUUUAUUUUUUUUUAAGUUACAGUUCACAAUUUAGAUUUUGGUUUGAUCCGGUACAAAUCAUGACUACAGCAAAGACUAACAUUAUUAUUUAGUAAGUAGAUGAUAUUUAAUUGCGAGUUGAAAGAUGUUUUGGACAGAUUGAUAACACAGAUCCAGCGUUUAGUAUAAGCUGAAACGAUAUGUCUUAAAGUGCCUACUCUGCCAGAAAGUAACUAGACAUCUGCAGUAAUUGAUUCUUAAUUUAAGAGGAACGACUUGGACACAAACCUCAAAUGUUUUGCGUUUCGCAGGACAAAUCCAAGAAGAAAAGGAAAAAGAAGCACAAGAAACACGGCAAGAGAAAGAAAAGGAAGGCAGCCUCUCAGUCAGACUCGGAGC